AUGCAGCUCACCAACACGAUCCGCAGACAGUGCUCCAUCGACUUAUGCGAAACGAAGAGAGGUUUCAACUCGCACCAACUACAAUGUCGAGGAUGCAACGGCAUCGAAGAGCUCCUUGCAUGGCUUAGAGAUGCCAGACUGACAAACCCCUACUAUGAAGGUGUCUUGGAGUCCGGCAGGAUACACCGAACCUUCGCAGAGCUGGACGGGUGCGCCAGUUCACACGACUGCGUUACAUGCCAGGUCAUCCGACGCGCUUUCUAUCUGGCGCAAAUAACACAAGCGGGAGUCAAAGAGCUCACCGCAACGUCCAAAGACGCAAACAUAUUCGCAAGACUGCACUGUACCGCCAAGCACAUAUUCAUGGAAGUCGUCAUUGGCUCGGAGAAGUUCGACGAGAAGUCCGCAUGGAUCUUAUGCUCCGAUGAGCCUCACUACCAAGGGAAGGAACUAGCUGUCGCCCCGCUCGACUUCGAGGACAUAUUUAUCAACCUCAAGCCUCGCAUCGACGACUGCCAUGAUCACCACCGCUGUUCCAAUCUUGGGUACUCGUUGGAAAAUCCUUCCUGGCUCGUCGAGCUGUUGCCGCAUGGCAUGGCGAGGCUGGUCAAGCCACCAGCUUCUCCAUUUCUCAAGUAUGUAUCGUUGAGCUAUUCCUGGGGCAAGCCGGCCAAUCGAAAGGAGAAUGAGAUAUUCAAAAGGACCGCUGAGCUUACUGCUGAUCCACACAACUUCGUGCAUGAGGGAUUCUCCCGCUCGCUCCUUCCUCUGACUUUACAAGACGCCAUGCGCAUCACAGAGGCUUUCGAGGUCCAGUACAUAUGGAUCGAUCGUCUCUGCAUCCCCAAACGUGCCAACUGGGACGAUGAGGCAUCCAAGAUGCACGAGGUCUUCGGCAACGCAUACUUUACGCUCGCAGCGACCGGUGCGGAAAGGGCAUGGGAUCCACUGGAUACUGGUAGACAAGCUUGGUCCUAUCGCCCACGUCGUUGUCAAGUGGAUGCAUACUGGUUGUCUACGAUUGACAUGAGUCUAAACGACAUGCGCGUACAUGCACCACUGUCUCAACGCGGCUGGGUCAUGCAGGAAGAACGUCUUUCUCCACGUGUCUUGUAUUGGUGUGGCCAACGAGCCUAUUGGUCGUGCGCACAAGGUGACCCAUAUAUUGAAGGGUCGCAAGGCCUCUGCGAUAACAGAGCGUCCAAAGACUGGAGCCACCCACAGGCCUUUCUGAGGUCCUGCUAUCGAGGAGAUGCUACUGACUUGGAGGAGGAGUGGCUAGACAUUGUGGCAUCUUAUGUCCGUCGAGACCUCUACCGGGAUGUUGACCGCUUCCUUGCGAUUUCGGGUCUCGCCACCAGGUACCUCGACGCCAAAAGCAUCAUGCUCGAUACUGACCAGAAGGAGGAAUAUCUUGCUGGCCUGUGGCGAGGCAACAUCGCCCGUGGGCUGGGUUGGGCUGUGCCUGGAGGCACAGCUAAUGAGAGGCUCAACAGCAUCGGACCAACGUGGUCAUGGGCAUCUUUACCAUUGCGAACGGAGAUCAAAUUUGGCACAAAGUUCGUUGAGUGCCCGAAAUUCACGUUGUUGACGGAGUACCACCGAACUACCGCGAAGAACAGUAUGGAGGCUGUCAACAUCGGUGCGAAGUUUGACAUGACCCUGGACAUAGAGGGUCAGUGUCGUGACUUCAUCAGCAAAGGGGCCGACAUAGUCCCUUGGAAUGAUGUCUGCAUCAAGAGAGGAUCUCAAGAGCACUUCGUCUUCAAACAGGGCCCUCAGAAACCGGUGUACGCAAGAGACGCGGACAGUGGACGCGUGCUUUCAUAUGAAGCGCAUCAGGUCCAUGUGGUCGGGCAGCUCGACUACUUGGACAAUGUGACCGACAGUGUGCCCGAAGAGAAGACCAUGCAACUGUUAGCAUUCGAGGUUAGCCACUCAGCAAUGCUGCUAUUACUCGUCCAACGGAAAGACGACGAUGGGGCGCUGCGCUGUGCCCGAGUGGGAGUGGCAUGUGGAUAUCGAAAGAACUUCUUCGCCGGCUCGAAGAUCCAGAGGAUUCGCUUGGUGUAG